UAAGUAUGCAACCCAAGAAAAGUCGGGCAUCACAGGGUCCAAUAAUAGAUGCAGCUGUGGUGGCCCAUGAGCUAAACGUGUCUUCACAUUCUAAUUUGGUCCAUCUUCGAGAAGCAGCAAAAAUAUGUGGGGAAAUUAGAGUGAAAAUUGAGUUGUAGAGAGAGAUGCAGCGAAUGUAGAAGGAAAUGUUGGUCAUGUUCAAAACCACUCAAAAUUAUAGAACUCUAACUUCUUCCCCUUCCACAAGAAGAACCCAAAAAUCAAACAGCUACGAGCUAUUGUUCCUCAGACAACCAACAUAACAAGAAAAAUAAAUGGCCUAUAUUCUGCCAAAUCUUUCUCCAACCCUACUCCAACCCAAAGACAAACCCUCCGCCAUUGUUCCUCCACUUCCUUCGGUUUCCACUUCUACUGCUUCGCCGCAGACCAAGCUCGAGCCCCCACCUCCUCGGGGCGUCGCGCAGGUUAACCGGACUCCUGCUGCGCGGGACAACAAGCAGGAUGAAAGAAAUGACUUUUAUGUCAAUUUAGGCUUUGCUGUGCGGACUCUCCGUGAAGACCUUCCUUUAAUCUUCACCAAAGACCUCAAUUAUGACAUCUACAGGGAUGAUAUAACAUUCAGGGACCCUUUAAACACGUUUACUGGAAUCGAAAAGUACAAAUUGAUAUUCUGGGCACUGAGAUUCCAUGGCAGAAUUUUGUUCAGAGAGAUAUCACUGGACGUGCUGAGGAUUUGGCAGCCCUCUGAGUAUAUGAUUCUGAUUAGAUGGAACUUGAAGGGUGUCCCUCGGGUUCCUUGGGAGGCCAAGGGGGAAUUUCAAGGCACUUCGCGGUAUAAACUCGAUAGAAAUGGGAAGAUUUAUGAACACAAGGUUGAUAAUUUGGCAUUCAAUUUCCCACAGACAUUGAGGCCUGCAGUUUCAGUUUUGGAUUUGGUUGCAGCUUGCCCUGCCAGUCCCAAUCCUACGUUUUUAUGGGGGCCUGUGGAGGAUAGCUCGUCUUCUUGGGUAGAGUUUUAUAGGGCUGUGAAGGAGACGUUGGAUCGAGAAGAGUUGGUGAUCCCUCAAGAUUGUUUAGCUACCUGCUCAUAGUGAGAGGUGGUUUACUGCUUUCUGCUUUCUUUCCAUACAAGGAGAUGAUAUAGUGCUAUAGUGUAAACAUUAUUCACAUCUUAUAAAAUGGCUUUUCCAGGUAUAAAUAAGACUCUCAAGAUGAAAAAAAUACAGAAAUUUAUACAGAUUGUAGAUGAAUAGAGGAAACCAUGAAGAGUCCCAUGUAUUUGCAGUAGCAUAGGAUUAUAGAUCAGAUCACAAGUUCUGAUAUCUGUUUAUACACAAUAUGCAAUUAUUAGUUUUUAGUCAUGCUCAUUAUCCAAA